AUGUCAACAAUACCCCCCUCUGCCCUGCAGUCUGCCUAUCCGCCCAUCAUACCGCUUGAUUUCAACUCGAAGCAGCCACGAAAAGUGACACUGUACCCUCUGUCAAACUAUACUUUCGGUGUCAAGGAGACGCAACCUGAAGAAGAUCCCUCCGUAAUCGCGAGGCUCAAGCGCCUCGAGGAGCAUUUUACUGAGCAUGGCAUGCGUCGUACGUGUGAGGGCAUCCUCGUAUGUCACGAACAUAACCACCCUCACAUUCUGAUGCUUCAGAUCGCAAAUGCCUUCUUCAAGCUCCCCGGAGACUACCUCCGGCCCGAAGAUGACGAGGAAGCAGGUUUCAAGGCAAGAUUGGACGAACGACUUGCCCCUGUGGGCAGGAUAGGCGAAGGUGAAGAGGCUGGGGACUGGGAAGUCGGAGACUGCCUUGCGCAAUGGUGGCGCCCAAACUUCGAGACCUUCAUGUACCCUUUUGUUCCAGCCCAUGUCACACGGCCAAAGGAAUGCAAGAAACUCUACUUCAUUCACUUGCCCAAAACGAAAGUCUUGAGCGUGCCAAAGAACAUGAAGCUCCUCGCGGUACCUCUUUUUGAGCUAUAUGAUAACACUGCUCGGUACGGGCCACAACUCUCAGCCAUUCCGCACCUUCUUAGCCGCUACAAUUUCGAGUUUGUCGACGAGGACGGCAGUGUUGUGGCCAUGACACCUGGAGCUGGACCCCCAGAGGGCUACGUGCCCAAGACAAAGGUUUUGGCUGGAGAUGAUACGGACAUGAACGAAGAGAAUGGUGCAAUUUAG